AUGACUUCAUCGCUAAGACUACGACCGUCAGCGACGCAGAUACAGGUACUUGCAGUCGAUGGCAGGGGAGAUUCCAGGCCCUUAAAACCCCGGGUUAACUCAGAUCUGCAGCUGAACAAACGCUGCUGGCGCCGGCCAACUCCGAGAUGGCUCCGUCCCAGUCCAAGCUGACCUCCGGUUUGUACGAGUUAACCACACAGAAGAGCAAGAGGGUGCUCCAUUUGGUGCUCGAGUGGGGCACUCCUAAGAGGAAGGCUGAUAAGACCUUUUACGAAUACCUCUUACAGGUAAAGCAGAUUUCUAUGUCGACUAUACGCAAACAUUUUAAUCAAAGUCAAAGAAAAAAGAUGGAGAAGAGUUGUGACAUCAAGACAUUUGAUGUCUCUCUGUCGUGUGUUUGUAUAAUGUUUGGUUGUGAUGACCUGGCACCGCCGGCCGACAGUAGAUGGACUACUUCGGGGAACACGCUUGAAUGGUAUUUAACUUCCAUCAAGAAUUGUAGGAAUGACUUCUUGCACGAGGAGUACAUAGUGGAUGAAAAGGAAUUUCUUCGUGUGAUAGAGGAGCUGAGAGACCUACUAAACAACGCCCUUACGAAAGCAGCAGAAAUCUACAACAUAGCUAAGGAAAUAGUCAAGGAUGUUUUGGACGAACUUAACAAUGAGAUCAACAACAUUAGAGAUGAUCCUUCACAAUUACCCGUCAGUGACGGUUUAGUCUUCGACACACUGUGCCAAAUGGUGAAAACUCAAGGGAAGCAAGAGUUGAAAGUGGCAUACAGGAAGGAGUCCAGUUUUGGCCCAGCUUCAAACUUGCUUGGAAAUUUGAAGGUGCGUGUGAACAAAGUCUUUACCACGAUGUCAAUCAAACAAGAAAGCUCCCAUGCCUCCGGAGAGUUUUCCGAGUUUAUAGAAUAUGAAGUCCUCCUCACAGAGGCAGAGAGAAGACGGAAUGAGAGCGGUAAAAACUGUAUUGUCUUACUAGUAGAAGGACCUGCGGGUGUCGGGAAGACAACCCUCACAAGGAAGAUGAUAAGUGACUGGGCCUCUGGCACCAGCACAAUGAAGACCCUCGCUGAUUAUGAAUUUGUCAUUUUGUUUACAUGCAGAGAUGGAGAAACACGUUCUCUCGGCCAACUCCUGAAUUCUCUCAUGCCUAAAGCUGGCACGAAAAUACAAAUAGAGCACGGUUUGGUCGACUGUAUUCGGCAAAACAGGCUUUUGUUCAUUGUUGAUGGCUUGGAUGAGCUGAACCGAUCAUCAGUUACAGUGCUGAAAGAAAUCCUAAAAAUGGGCAAAACCGACGACAUAACCGUUCUCUGCACAACACGGCCUAACAAAGUGCCCGACUUUAAAAGAUACGAGAUAGACAACUUUCAAAUCGUCCAUAUAAAAGUACUUGGCAUAGAAGAGAACAGGCGAGCAGAGUUUGUAAGAAAUUACAGCCAGGCACUACAAGACGUAGACAACGCCAAUAGAGACUUGUGUGGUCUCCUUCGGUACCUAACAAGGAAAGACAGCCAUCUGAAAGCCCACUGGCGGUUCCCCUUCAAUUUGGUCCUUGUGACAAUAUUGUGGUUCAUUGAUCCACGUGUUGUUAAUAGUCUUACCACAGCGACAGAACUCUUCACAAAGACGCAUGAGCUGUGCACAAAAAGGCUGCUUCAGAGACUGUUUGACCACGAUGGAACAUUGGACAGUGAUGAGCUGAAAGAAAAAGUAGAAAAGUUUCAAAAAAAGUUCUGCAAGGAGGCUUUUAUUAACCACUGUGGGGAGGCCAUAGUUUUGUCCACCACUUCAGUAAAGAGACUGAAGGAUGUAUGUAGCCUUCUGAAUCUCCCAGAGAAAGAGGUGCUUGGAGCCUUUCUGAUCCAGGCAACCUCGCCGACAGAUGAUAAAGAGAGGUAUAGUUUUCCUCAUAAAUCUUUGCAGGACUUUUACUCGGCUAUGCAUGUGGUGGAGAUUCUUAUGGAUUACGAGCUGGGACUAGACGUCUCCGGAAUAAUAUCUGGAUUUGAGACUGUUCUACUUCAUAAAGAUGCUCCCCGAGAUAUCAGCAAAUCUCUGCUUACAUUAUGUACAAAAACGUUAGAGGAAUAUCAAGCUAAAUCAGCUCAAAAACCACCUAGCAUCCAGAAUAUUUUAGAAGAGGCCAACAGGGAGGCAGCUGUAUACAAUGGUAAUUAUCAGUUGGAAAAGCUGGACUUAGUAAAGCAUCAGAACAUUUUCGUUCAUCUCACCGGCCUGGUUCAUCUGAGAGGAAGCUCGGUGGCAGAGACGAGAUCUACUGAGCUUGUGGAUUUACUCAAAGCCACAGGAAUUCGCGACACGUCCCAGUGGCUGGACUUACUCUCUGAGGUGAAGUGCAACGCCGCAAUGAUUGAAUUAAUUACUAAGGCAAUGGAUCUCACAGGGGACCUAGAAAUAUCUGACGACUAUGUAGCCGCAUUCCUGUGUGUUUUGAAUCAUGUGCGGCCAUCUCUUGUAAUGCUAGACAUCACUGGCGACCCGGAGGACAUCCCAUCUUUAAAAGACCUUCUCAUGGCAAUGGGAGAGAAAAGGUGAAGGGUGUGCCUGUGGUUCCAACACGACUUCCGACAUCCGAGAGAAGGCGGCAGCGUCCUUGACGAAACUCUUUGGCAAGUCUUCGGAAGAGCUGCACGUGCCCGCGAACCUGGAUGUGACCGCGCCCGUCCCUCGGUCGAACGCGAAGCUCAUCGUCUUGAGAGUGUCCGGCAUCGAGGAAGCGACGGCUCAGAAUGCGCGUCGGGUCGUCCAGGCACUGAAG